CAUUUGAGGCGAUGCGUAAUAUCGAGACGAGAAAAUUGCUCCCCAUUUUAUCAUGCGCCCCAAAGGAUGUUGAGUUGCACAUGCGCACAGUGCGUUUAUUCAGAGCUGCGAGCGAGAGGAAAGGGAGUCUUAAUGGCGGAGAACGUACGGUCGCCGUUCGACUACCGGGAGCCGCCGACCCUCGACAGCGACGGGGACGGAGGGAAACCGCCGCCGUCGCGGGGCCGAGUGUGUGGGAGGAAAAGGAAGGGGACACCAGUGAAGGUGUGCGACCGAGCGUAUGUGACCGAAGAUGAAGAGGAAGAGAGCAUGUCAGAACACAGCUAUAGUCCAGGUGACGGUCCAUACCCUGAAGGUGGUGAGGAUCACUUACCCCCACCUGGGAGUCCUUAUUAUCUUUCUGAUCCGACCCAGCUCUGUGUGUCAGAGCUUGGAGAAGAUGGUGCGGGAGGAGUCAGAGGUCCUGUGCUUUUCCAUCCACCACCCAACUGCAGGAUUCGUGAAGUGCACUGUGGGACUCAGGUGCGUUUGGUUGUCAUUGCUAUAAGAGACAUCGCCAAAGGAGAGGAGAUCACCGUGGAUUAUAGCCUGACAGACUGGGGAGAGAAUGGCCUGGAGGAUGAAGGUGGCCCCCAUCCUCUUUCCCUCUCUGUUUCUGACUAUCUUACCCCAUCUUGGUCAUUGUCACCCUCCUCAUCUCCACUUACCCACUCUGAACCUAGUGAUUCAGAUCGUGAAGAGUAUGAGGAAGAGGAGGAUGAUGACGAUGAUGAUGAUGAUGAAGAAGAAGAAGAAAUGGAGGAGAUAAGAGGUAGAAUGCUUCGCCGCCGCAAGAAACGCAAAAUGCCGUCUGCAGGAAGUUCGAAGAAAAAGAGUGCCCCCACUUCAUCCAGAGGACCUGGGCGUCCUUGUUCAUCCUUCUCACGCCCUGCACCGGUCGGACCUGCCUCUAGGUCUCAUUCCCACAACUCAAGUGGUCCACUUGCCCCACCAACCACCAACAUCAAUAAUAACAUUAACAUAAACAUUGGUAGCUCCAGUGGUGCUACAGUCAGCCGACGGCAGCAUUGUUCUUAUUGUGGACGUCACUUUCGUUCUCUGGCUCGUCAUCUGGAAAAGCAUCACGCCAACCAGCCUGAAGUUAGAGCAGCUUUAGAACUGGCGCACUCACAGAGCUCUGCAAAUGGCAGUUCCUCACACCCUCAUUCUUCUUCAUCUCGCAGUCAUUCCUUUGGUGUCCCACAAGCUACAAGCCCUGGUCCACCAUCACUCUUCUCAAAUGAGCGGGAAUCCCCAGUGACACGAUCAAGCCCAGGAGCGGUUUCAUUUUCCCUCUCGCUUUCACCGACUCCAUCAGCUCCACCUCCAACGAAAAAGGGAUCCUCUAAACGGGCGGCAGCCCAGAUGACGUCACAGGUUGUAAGCCCGUCACCCCCGCCUACACCGAGAAGGGGCAGAAGAAUGAAAAGAGAAAAGAAAGAAGAGCAACAAAUAGUAGAUUUUGAACCCCAAAGGUCUCAAGAGGAAUUGGUUCCACCUCCAACACCUGAGCCAGACAUCGACCCAGAGGAGGAUUUGGAGCUAAGCCUUGAAGGAGAAGCUGAUGUACCAGAUGAAAAAGAUGGCGGCAAUAUUAGCUCACAAAAACAGCACAUUUCUCCACUGCUCACCUCACUUUCCUGCCUGGUCCUCUACCUCCGACAACAGCAGCACUCUUCAUUCCUCUCUUUAACCCGUUCUCCUCACUCUGCUGAGGCCUGGCGACAGCUCUGCCACUCCAGCUUGUCACUGCUUAUUCUCUUUAACCGCCACCGUGAAUGUGAGGUAGCAAAGCUGACUGUUCAGGAUUACCACAAGCGGAGCACACCUCAGGCUAGCUCUGGGAACAGCACUCCCACCAGCAUGGAAGCCCUCCUGUCACCGUUUGAACGGCAAGUGCUUUGCCAUCUUCCACGUGCAAGUGUGUUGGGAAAACGUGGUCGUGUCCAACCUCUCAUACUUCCACCUCAUUGCGAGUCCUGCCUCGAUCUGCUACUACAAACAAGUCCCAAUGUGGGUGUGGACCCAGACAGCCCCUAUGUUUUUUCACGCCCCUAUCACUCUCCCACCACCCCACUACGUGGAACAGACCUGCUGAGAAAUCAGGCACGAGCCAGCGGGGCCAAGAACCCUGGAGCCAUCACAGCGACCCGCGGUCGACGUCAGGUCGCCAUCCUCACGCAGCUUCUGUUGCUGGAGGAGGGUGAGGAUGACAACAACACAACUAAACGGUUGGAAGACUUUUUGGAAAAUGAGUACCAUGUUACACAGAACUGCUCGACGAUAACUCAAGAUCCUGCACUGAUGGGUAGUGUGGGCCGUGUGGUGCUAUAUGGGGAGAAAGAGGGUGUGCUUUUCCGUGGGAUGAGCUUGCAGCACAUCUGCCUGGAGUUGGAUGUGAUGUCUGGCAACUCGGGAGACUCGUUUUCAGAAGAGUCAGAGCCUGAAGAAGUAAAGGAGGAGGUAAAGGAGAAGGUAGAGGUACCUGUGAAGAAGAAAAGACCUGGGCGGCCACCAGGGAAGAAGAAAGCAGCUAAAGCUUCAGUGGCUAGUCCACCACCAACUAAUGCCAAUAGGAGAAGUGCACCACCGAAGUCAGGCAAACGUGGGGUCCUGAAGCGCCCAUGGUCAGAAGCGGAGCGUGUAGCAGUGGAAACACAUCUAAACAGAAACCUCCUGGAGCUACGGGUCCCAGCCAAGGCUGAUUGUGAGCGUUGUCUUGAACUAUGUCCUAUGCUGGUGAGCAAUCAUCGGGACUGGCGAGCAAUCAAAUUUUAUGUGCACAACCGUAUCCAGCUGCUGAAGAAGCAGGGGAGGAGGGAGAGCGCUCUGCUAAACCAGCUGGACAUACAAUGCAAAUAACAGUGAUGCUGCAGACUCACUGUAAAAACCGCCAGCAGUCGUGUGCGAUGGAGUGUUUCUUCAUUCCUUAAUGUGCAUUUCAAGAGUGUCCUCCGUGGAAGGGGAUGACUCAUCAAACAGAAUGGAGAGUGGGAGAGAAAAGGUUUUUUCCACUUGAAGAUGUGGUCAAUUUGUAGAGCUUCCCUCUCACCCCACCUGAGGUAAAAUGUUCAUUGAUUCAAAAUACUUUGUUUUUAUGGCUAGUUCAUGUGCAAAAGAGAGAUUGCUGUUCUGAGUCUCCACAACGCAGCGAACCAGUGAAGUCCUGUCUUCGAUUCGCUUUAAUCUUUCAACGUUGAAUGCCUACGACGGAUUCUGAUUGUACAAAGUGUCAAGACAGAGAGGAAAAAGUGUAUGUAAACUUGUAAAUAAGUUGAAUUGGCUGUGUGUACCCAUAAUAUUAAGUCAUUUUUCAUUGUCUUGAACUAGGUUAUUAAAGCCAUGAGUCAUUGUCAUAGUGAAAGUAGUAUGCUGUUUAUCAAGCACAGCAGCUUGAAUAUACUGUUAAUGUGAAUAUUCAUAAAGUCACAUUGUAUAAACAGGCAGAUCUCGGAAAAAGGUGAGGUAUGCAGGGGUGAGUUCAACAUUUGUACUGUUACUAUGAUGUUCAUACUGUAAAUACUGCCCAUGCAUAAUUAAAGUGUAUGAGUGUUUUUUUU